AUGGCGGGAGCCGGGGGUCCUCUGCGCCUCCGCGACUGGUUGGUGGCACAGAUCGAGAGCGGGCGCUACGCGGGGUUGCGCUGGGAGGACGCGGGCAAGACCCUUUUCCGCAUCCCCUGGAAGCACGUAGCCAAGCAGGGCUACCAGGCGCAGCAGGACGCGGCGCUCUUCAGGGCCUGGGCCGUAUACAAGGGCAAGCACCUGGAGGGCACUGACAAGGAGGACCCCUCCACCUGGAAGACCCGGCUCCGCUGCGCCCUCAACAAGAGUGCCGACUUCCGUGAGGUCCGUGAGCGCAGCCAACUGGACAUCUCCAACCCCUACAAGGUCUACCAGAUUGUGUCUGAUGGUGCCCAUGGCCCAGCCACCAGGGCCUGUGCUCCCCCUGAAGAGGAGGGCACUCCCCCGAGCCAGCAGGAACCCCCUGGGGAAGUGAGUGAGCCCACCUGCAGACCAGGCCAGGAUGGCUCCAGAUUAGCCACACAGGAUGAAGACAAGGAGCAGCCCCCCAGGCUGGCCCAGCAGGGUUCCUUGCCACCAGCCGCUCUCCUUCCAUGCCCUUUGGCUGACCACAGGUACCAGGCACGGGGUCCCGAACACCUCUGGAGCCUGACACUCUCGGAAGACUUCAGCAACCCUGGUUGCUGGCUGCACGUGCGACUCUUCUAUGGCGCGGCGCUGGUGCACGAAGCCACGGCGCGCGCCGCCGAGGGCUGCUGUCUGAGCCCGCGGGUGGCCGCCGCCUGCGCCGCUGAGCGCCUGCUGGGGCCGCCCCCGCGCGUCGCCCAACUUCGCUUCCCGGAGCCGCCGGCCGGCGCCCACGUGCUGCGGCGCCUGCUGCCGCACCUGGAGCGCGGCGUGCUGCUGUGGGUGGCGCCCGAGGGCGUGUUCGCCAAGCGCCUGUGCCAGGGCCGCGUGUACUGGCGAGGCCCGCUCGCCCCGCACCGCGCCCGGCCCAACAAGCUGGAGCGCGAGCGCACCUGCCAGCUGCUCGACACGCGCCGAUUCCUCGAGGAACUGCGUGCCCACCUGCAGGACGGCCACCCGGAGCCAGAGUACCAGAUCCGCCUGUGCUUUGGUGAAGAGUAUCCGGGCCCCACAGACCAGCCUGAGGAGCGGCUCAUCAUGGCCCACGUGGAGCCAGUCUUCGCCCGUGAGCUCCUCCUGCAUUCAAAGCUCCUGGGCACUGACGCCCCACUGGGUCCCCAGCCCGGCAUCCCUGAUGGUGUCACUCACCUUCUGACGCAGCUGAGUCCGCCCUAG